ACAGCUGCUUGAUUGAAAUAGUUCUUACAUCUAUACUCACAAGUUACACUCCUCGUUUUAUUGUGAAAUCUACCGGAAGUGUGUGGUGUUUUUCUUUUAACAUAUUCCUGUUGUACUUGUCAUUCAGACAUCCCAGGAAUUCAACAAGACCAGGGCCAGCCAGCUCACCAUAACAGGGACAUUUUAUGUUAUAAUCACGUCAUUAACACCGUGAAAGGUCAAGGAAAUAUCGUUUGCUGUCAAAAUAGAAAAAGGCGGCACCUUCUGACGCGGCAUGCAGAUGUUAGAGACCUCUGCUACCCUGGACUGAAUAUCCUCUUCCUCCCUUACAUCGUCAUCAUACAUGCUCUUACAUGAAGAGAGGGGAGAAACCCGAAGGAUACAGACAGAUGAGACCCAAGACAUUUCCCACCAGCAACUACAGCGGCAACAGCCAACACAUGCUGCAGGAAAUAAGGAACAGUCUGCGCAAUUUGUCCAAACCCUCGGACCCACCUAAAGUGGACAUCGGAGGUGCUGGGAAAAUGGUUUCUGAGGACCCAAGGCAACAAGGGCGCUCGGUCAAUGGUAAAAACCCUCACCAUAAGGCCCUGCAAGAGAUCCGCAAAUCCCUGCAGCCUUUUGCCAACGAGACCAGUACCUCAGGCCCCGAGGUGAACCAACACAUGUCUGGCUUUGAAGAGCCAAGCAACAGUCGCAGUAUGGGGGCAGUUAUAGACUACAUGGGUAAGGUGAGCUACCACGACGCAGUGUGGGAACAGAUGGUUGUUGCCAACCCCAACACUACAGGUCUGAAAGUCCCAGGCUCUUCUCAUAUCCAGCAGGCUGUGCUGAGGAGGCCGAGCUGGAAAGGUUCAAAGGAGUCGUUGGUGGCUCGACACGGUCCUCUCAUGAUGGAUGGAAUGAUGUAUCGCUCAGACAGCCCCGGACCUCCUCCCGCCUUCCCACAGGGUCACCCCGGCAACAGCCAGAGAGUCAAUCCUCCACUGCCGCCGCAGGUGCGCAGUGUCACACCUCCACCAAACCGCAGUGCCAUGCCUCCGGCGCCAUCCUGGGACAUCAACCCGUCAACCAAGCGCUACUCUGGCAACAUGGAUUACCUUUUACCGCGCAUCUCUCCGGUACCCCAGGGGGCCUGGGCUGAUGGGUACCAGUCAUCAGCUCCUCAGAAUCAACGAGGGAUCAGCCCAGUGCCCAUGGGCCACCAGCCCAUCAUAAUGCAAAGCUCUGGGGGGAAUAAGUUCACCUUCCCCUCCAGCUGGUCUCAGAAUGGCUCCCCGCAGCCCGAUUACAUGGCGGGGGGCAGUAGACAGCCUCCUCCUCCUUACCCGGUUAACCAGAGCAGCCGGCACAGUCCCACUGACCAGCAGAUGCAGUCCGGGGGACCUGCAUCCUCCCCCUCUUACCUCAACGGUGGGAACAUCCCUCAGUCCAUGAUGGUUCCCAGCCGGAACAGUCACAACCUGGACAUGUAUAACAUAGGUCCUCCUCAGUCGUGGUCCCAGGCGCCUCUGAACCCCAACCAGCCCCAGUCUUCCUCCGGGAACCAGGAUCUGUCCCCGUCGUGGCAGCACAACAUACCAGUGCGCUCAAAUUCCUUCAACAACCACCAGCUGAGCAGCCGACAGGGCCACCCAUCCGGCUCCCAGCCUUCCGCCACCACAGUCACGGCCAUCACGCAGGCGCCCAUCCUGCAGCCGGUCAAAAGCAUGCGCGUCCAGAAGCCCGAGUUGCACACCGCCGUUGCUCCCACGCACCCUCCGUGGAUGCAGCAGGCUCCACCACCUCCCGCCGUGCCCGCUUACCAAGAGGCCCCAGCCCCUGUAACCCAGAUCCCUGUCGUUGCAGAAGCCCCCAGCUACCAGGGCCCCCCUCCGCCUUAUCCCAAGCAUCUCCUCCAACAGCAAGCUGCGCCCGGACCUCCCGCCUACGACCCGGGGGCCAACAAGCUGGGCCCGGCCCGAGAGGAGGCGGCCCAAGAGGAGAGCGUCGACGGCCCCCGAGACAAGGCGGUGGAGAGCGUCACGGAGAAGGAGAAGAAGCAAAUCACCACGUCGCCCGUUCCUGUCCGCCGCAACAAGAAAGACGAAGAGCCGAGAGGGGAGUCUGGAAGAGUCGCGCUCUACUCCCCCCAGGCCUUCAAGUUCUUCAUGGAGCAACACGUGGAGAAUAUCCUGAAGAACCAUCAGAUGAGGAUUCGGAGGAGGAAGCAGCUGGAAAGUGAAAUGCAAAGGGUGGGAUUGUCUUCAGAAGCUCAAGAGCAGAUGCGUAUGAUGCUCUCCCAGAAGGAGUCUAACUACAUCCGGCUAAAGCGAGCCAAGAUGGAUAAGUCCAUGUUUAAAAGAAUAAAGACCCUGGGCAUCGGAGCCUUCGGUGAGGUAUGUUUGGCCAGAAAGGAGGACACCGGAGCGCUGUACGCCAUGAAAACGCUCCGCAAGAAGGACGUGCUGCUGAGAAACCAGGUGGCCCACGUCAAGGCGGAGAGGGACAUCCUGGCCGAGGCGGACAACGAGUGGGUGGUGCGUCUCUACUACUCGUUCCAGGACAGGGACAACCUGUACUUUGUCAUGGAGUACAUUCCCGGCGGGGACAUGAUGAGCCUUCUCAUCCGGCUCGGCAUCUUCAAAGAAGAACUGGCCCAGUUCUACAUCGCAGAGCUCACGUGCGCGGUGGAAAGCGUGCACAAGAUGGGCUUCAUCCACCGAGACAUCAAGCCCGACAACAUCCUCAUAGACCGAGAUGGACACAUCAAGCUGACGGACUUCGGCCUCUGCACCGGCUUCCGCUGGACGCACGACUCCAAGUAUUACCAGAGUGGUGACCACGUGAGGCAGGACAGCAUGGACUUCAGUAAGGAAUGGGAAGAUCCCACCAACUGCCGCUGCACGGACCGCCUGAAGCCUCUGGAGAGGAGGAAGGCCCGGCAGCACCAGCGCUGCUUGGCCCACUCGCUGGUCGGGACGCCAAACUACAUAGCGCCAGAGGUGCUGCUCCGGACGGGAUACACGCAGCUGUGUGAUUGGUGGAGCGUCGGCGUCAUCCUGUAUGAAAUGGUGGUCGGACAGCCUCCCUUCUUGGCGACCACGCCCCUGGAGACGCAGAUGAAGGUGAUAAACUGGAAGAACAUGCUGCAGAUUCCGCCGCCGGCCAAGCUGAGCCCCGAGGCGUCCGACCUCAUCGUCAACCUCUGCCGCAGCCCCGAGGACCGCCUCGGCAAAGACGGCGUGGACGAGAUCAAGGCUCACCCCUUCUUCAAGGACACCGACUUCUCCAGCGACCUGCGGCAGCAGGCGGCGCCGUACGUGCCCACCAUCGCCCACUCCACGGACACCUCCAACUUUGACCCCGUGGACCCGGAGAAGCUGCGGAGCGGCGACGGCGACGGCGAGGACAACCUCAACGACACGCUGAACGGCUGGUUCCGCAACGGCAAGCACCCCGAGCACGCCUUCUACGAGUUCACCUUCCGCCGCUUCUUCGACGACAACGGCCACCCCUACAGCUGCCCCAAGCCCAUCGAGUACGGGGGCUACGACGGGGACGAGGCGGCCCCCGAGGGCCCGGAGGAGGCCAGCAGGGACCUGGUGUACGUGUAGCGGGCGCACGGCGAGCACAGUGACACACUUUAUCCGAUUAGUUCACACUACACGUGAAAGGAAUAGU